CAUCCCUUCGGCUCGUUGAAGCUGCCGCGGCGGCUAGUAACAAUUGUUCUCGUGCUUGAUCCGAUUCCGGAAUCGUAAUACGAUUCGAGCUCCACUACGAGGCGGAUUACAACUCUGGUCUCAGUUUCGCGUGUAAUUUAUUUGCACUAUAAGAAAUAAGGGGCACAAACAAAUCGAUCCAUCGGUCUGUCCAGAUUAACUAUUGGGGAACCGAAGAUUUCUUAGAGCGCUUUAUUGUUCGUAAGCCAAGCGAUCGAUUUGCGAUGGCCUUGCGAUUCUCACUGAAGAAAACCUGCUCCUCGUUGGCCAGAUCGGGAGCCCUCUUCCAUGCGUCUGCUCCAGCAGCCGCCGCCCGACCUAUCUCGGAUGGUGUUAGAACGCUCAAUAAUGUCUGUCGUGGAGUUCUCCAACUCCACCCAAGUUCGGUGAUGCCCAAUAAUAUUGGGCUUUGUGGCCUUGCAACAAGGCACCUGAGCACAUCUCCAUGUCCUCAUGCUGCUGCUGCAAAAAUAAGCUGCCCCAGAACUGGUAUGCCCUCAAUAAAUAUAAACCACAUUAAGUCAGCAUCUGUCAACUCGUCUAGAGGGGCCCUGCGAACUUAUUCAUCCAGGGCAACCGUCGAAAGCGAACUAUCACAGGCAGCACAAAUGGCAGCGUCAGGAGCUAGCUAUCGGAACUUUUUGAAGGGUGUUAGGCUCGCUGCCUGUGCUUUGAGCUUGGUAUGGGCCAUCACUAUUUACUCUGUGUGGUCAAAGCGCCGCAGAUGUUCUUGCAAUGGUCUACGUGGUUGCAAUGGUCGCCGCGGCCAUUCAAAAUCAUAUGAAAUCAGGAGGUGCUAUACUUCCCUCUGAUUAUCUCGUGACCUGCCAGAUUUGACUUGAAUCUCUUCUCCUGAUUAGAUGAGAUCAUGUGAGUGCAAGUGGUAUUUGAGUGUUUUCUAUGUGGCUUGCAAGCCUGUAAGUACAUUGUGCUUUUCUGUAAUUAGUCAGAAACUACAGAUGCUAAAAAAAUGUUAAUCUCGCAUAUCUUGGAUUUACAUGUGCAAA